AUGGCACAGAACCCUGAAGAGUCAAAAUCUCAAGCAGGUACCCCAAAUACCAACAUUACGCUCAACCUUGAUGGUAAGAAUGAGCAGACAAAUUUCUGGUCCAAUAGUGACAUGCUAAGUCCUGAUUUCAAUUUCCUAAAUGUUGGUGAAGAUGCUCUUAAUUUCUUAUCUGCUCCAUCACCUAGUAUGAAUAGUGAGAAGAAUAUUCCAUCACCAAGCCUUUUCCAACCAAAUGCUGCACCAAGUAUACCUCAAUCAUCUGCUCCUACACCAACUGGAUCAGGUACUACAAAGCAAGAUCAACAACAUCAAAACUUUAUGUUAAGUCAUUAUCAAAAUCUUUUAAGUCAAAGUAAAGUUCCAAUGAAACAAGCCACAUCACCUUUAUCUUAUACAUCGCCAAAUACUGGACAAUCAGGAGCUUCUCAAGUACAAAAUCCAACAGGAUCAGUUUCACCAGCAAAUAAUGUACCUAUAAAUCAUCCAUUACAUCCUGAAAACAUUCAAAAAUCAUUACAACAACAACCUAAACAAUCCCCUUUCCAGCCUCCACAAUCAUUAUUUCAAGAAAACAAUGGUACAAAGGGUAAUAAUAAUCCAUGUGAUCAUUGUAGAAGAAGACAAAUCAAAUGCAUAACGGUACCCAACUUGAUAAAUUGUGUUCAAUGUGAAACAAAAGGUAUUAAAUGUACACAUUCCGAAAGUCCUUCUAAUCCAACUUUGAAAAGAAAUAUGGGUAUGGUAACGAAUGCUAAUGUUGCGGAUAGUAAUAACAAUAAUAAUAAAAGACCUAGGUUAAGUCCACAAACAAGUGGGUCAAGUUUUUCUCAAAGAAUACCAACCCAAUCAAAUAAUUUAACAAAGCAAAAUUUAAGAAAACAAAGUCAAACACCACAAUCACAACCACCGCCAACAUUACAAUAUCCAAGAUCAUCAUUUUUUGUUGGUUCAUCUUCUAUGUAUGAUAAUUCAAUAUUAGAUCGUAUAAGGCUUGAUAAAAUUGAUCAAGUACAAUUAAGUCCAUCAUUAUCAUUAAGAAAAGUUUCAAAUGACGUUCAAUUUAUAUUAAGAGAUGAUUAUACAGAUGAAUUGGCUUCAAAAGCUGAUAAAUUAGUUGAUGCAGUGGAAAAUAUAGUUUCACCUCAUGGUCAAUCAUUAAUCAAUACUUAUUUUAGAAUAAUUCAUCCAUCAUUUCCUAUAUUACAUAGGAAAGUUUUUUUAGAAAAAUAUUCAAGGUCAUAUCGUGAAUUUUCUGCACCUUUAUUAGCUUCAGUUUAUUACCUAGCAAUUCAAUGGUGGGAUCAAGAUCCUUCAUUAUCACAAUAUCCUAAACCAGAUUUAAAAUUAUUAUAUGAAAUUGCAUUGAAAAGUUUUUCAGAAGUUACAGAUAGACCAAGAUUAAGUGCAGUUCAAGCAGGAUUAUUAAUUUUACAAUGUCGUUCUGAAAAUGAAAAUAAUUGGAUUUUAUGUCAACAAGUUGUUUCAUUAGCUGAAGAAUUAGGUUUAGGACUUGAUUGUCAAAAUUGGAAAUUACCUAAAUGGGAAAGAGGUUUACGUCGUAGAUUAGCAUGGGCUGUUUGGAUUCAAGAAAAAUGGACUGCAUUAAUUGAAUCAAGAGUUUCACAUUUUGUAUUGGGGAGAAAUUGGUUAGUUAGAAAUGUAACUGAAGAAGAUUUUCCAGAACAUCCAGUUAGAAGAACAAAUCAAAGUGAUGAAGAUUAUAAAUCAAUGAUUGAUGAUAUUGAAAAUGGGAAAUAUUUAUUUAAAGAAACAAUUGAAUUAAGUUUAAUUAUGGGAGAAAUCUUGGAAACUUUUUAUUCAUAUAAUGCAUUACAAAAUAUUACAAAAGUUGAACAAGUUUUAAAAUUGGCUAAACCAUUACAAUUACAAUUAAGACAAUGGUAUCACUCAUUACCAACAACAUUACAUAUGACUUCUGUGAAGAAUGGGAAAUUAUCAUCAAAUGCUUAUUUACAUUUAUCAUAUUUCGCUACUGAAAUUUUAUUACAUCGUAAAAUUAUUUCAAGUUUAAAUGAAGAGACACCACCAGAAUUAAUCAAAGUAUGUAGAACAGCUGCAACAACAAGAUUAACAGCAGUGAUUGAUUUUGUUAAAUCAUUAAGAAGAGAACAUGUUUAUGCAUUUUGGAAUUCACCAACAAGUUCAAAUUUUACCAUUGUGGGGACAUUUGCAGCAAUUUUAUAUGUUACAUCACCAACAGCACAAGAAGCUCAACAAUUUAGAGAACAUACAAGUGUUUAUAGAUUAUUGUUGUAUAAAUUAGGUAAAUUUUCUAAGAAUGCUUUUAAUGCAUUGAAAAGAAUUGAUAUGUUGUUAAAUCAUAUACCUGGAUUAAUUAAAGAAAUUUCAACUGAUCAAAGUCCAUUAUCAAAUGUUUCACAAUCACCAAAUUCUAAUUUCCAAUCAUUAUCACCAAUGUUGACACAACAUAUGAAUUCAAAUUUACCAAAUAUUGGGAAUAUGCCAAAUAAUUUACCAAAUAGUAAUAAUGGUGGAUUAAGAAGAAAUGGACCACCUGUUACUACGGUUAAAAAUGAAGUCGAUAAUAAACAAAGUCCAAGCGGGUUAAGUGAAACUGGAUCUAGAGGUCAGCCUACACCUUUACAAACUGGAAUUCCACGUUCAAAUGCCAAUAGUCCUGUUGAUGUUAGAGUUGGGACUAGUGGCACAACACCUAAAUGA